AUGUCUGACAUGUCUGACAUGGAUCGAGAGUGGAAGCCCAAGGUCCGCCCGCAGUCGACCAUGGCCCAAGCCUUCUCCUCGGCGCUGGACAGCGCCUUCAUGCUUGACUCGGACGUCAACAACUUGUCCCAGACUAUCGACCAGAAGAAACAGCAAAUGAUGAUCCAGAGUCGUGAACUGGAAGAGCUGCAGCAGCGCAUUCGCGAGGCGGAGAGGCGCCUCCAGUCGCAGCAGACCGGUGCGACCGGUAACAGCUCCCGACGACGGGAGGAAGGUCAGACAGCCGCGUCCCAGGGACCCGACAAGCAGCCGGAGCAGCGAGGAGACAAUUCGGUCUAA